UUCCGCAACAAGUCAAGUUCGCCUAUUAACAUUGUCGUACAGAUAGUUAACUAAUAGAUCAUGUAGAUACUUUCUCUGCAUACUAUUUAGCUUAGAAGAAUACAAGACGUGAGGUGUUCUCGUGAUCUCAGUAUACUCCCCUCGUUCCUUAUUCAUUCACCUGAAUUCAGCUUUUUGUUUCACAUAUUGAAUAGCAAUAGUGAACAGACUUUAGGAGAACCCCAAGAUGCGCAUCAGUUCAUUGUUGAGUUGUUUAUCUACGGCUGUGGCAGCAAACAUCAUUUAUCCCACGGCUCAGUGCGACACUAUCGAAUAUGGGAGAAGUCGGCAGUGUCAGGCGUCAGAUAUGCCCAUAUACAACUCAACCGCAGUCUGGCACCUCGACACACCAAAACUAGCCGAUCAGCUCACCAAUGCAUCUGCGGGACACUUCUCCACACCUUACACGGCUGUUUAUGUACACACUGAGUGGUGCCCGUAUAGUAUACGCAGCUUCCCUGUGAUUAAGGACCUGUCACGGGUUUUCCCACAUAUCCCAGUAGUGGCGAUUGACGUGAUGGAAGAGAAUGCUAGGCGAUGGGUUACCGUCGUGGGCGUACCCGCAAUCCUUAUCUACGAUGGCAUUGAACUCAAAGCAAAAUACUCUGGAACGCGUUCUCUACAAAGUCUGACAAAAUUUGUACAGAAAAAGGUACAUCACACACCACAAAAUAUCACCGAAACGCCCACGAUACCUCCGCCAAUGUACACACACAAACCGUCGCUCGAGGGCGUGGAUCAGGGAGUGGGAUGGGCUCUGUUUGUGAUUGUAGCGAUACUCGUUCUGCGAUGGGUGGGUGAUACACCCGAGACCACUAUUGAGUGAUCGCAAUCGCACAUUCUGAUACAUAUGCUCGGCGAACGUAAACGUUCCUGUCGAGGACUAAUUAGGAGUAUGCGUGCUUACAUAUGGUCGCAUGACGUUACCUGGAUUCGAACGUCUCUAUUAAGAUGCAGUGGCGAAUAUUCCGCCACAGUCGGGUCCCAGUGCAGGAGAACUUACUCUGUUUGAUGUAGAUAUAGUGGUGACCUACCCAUAAGGCUCGAAUGAGUAGGAGGCAACUUUGUAAAAAUCAAACAGCGCGUGCUCCUCUAUCUAUUCCGUGAUGGGUGCCGUUGUUCUUCACAUCGACAGCGAAGAGGUUUGUCGGUAACGCAGAGAUCAUAGACGCCUUAGGUUCUUUGAGAAAGUCAUUUGGGUACACCUCGUGAGCCUUGACAGUUAUUCCGUCCAUGUGACAUAGUAUUGCGUGCAAUUUAAAAUUGAGAGCGCCCAGGGUUACGUUACGAUACCUUUGAAAUACCGGUUGUCGACAGUACAGGCAGUACAGGCUGAGAUAUUUAUGCGCUGACCAGUACGCUCGAUGUGUGUGCCGGCUUAAAGAUAGCAACGCUCUUGAAUCCGGCAAAAUCAUUUCCCACAGCGUUCGUCGGUACACGAAAUUGUACUCUUCAUUAAGGAUUGUAGGCAUUACUGAAGGGUUAGAUGUAUCUACAUAAAGGUGCAUCCGGACCUUAAACCCCUAAACGCUGAUCAAUUGCUGCCCUUAUAAUUCUUUCCCUGAUAUUUUUUUUCCGCGGACUUCAAAAAAAAGAAAAACAUCCAUAUCUAUUCAUUUUUAUGGUCCGACCCUGAUAAAUUGCUGC